CGCAUAAUAUUUGUAAAUGCAUUGACAAUUUGAUGGUAGAGUGAUUUAGGCAACUUUCGACAUUUCUCUAGAAAGGAAAAUGCAACUUUAAUUCAUUCUAGAGAAAAUUGGAUUGUUUGAAGUAUUUUUUCGUGUGAAUAAGAUUGUAGACCCAGUGUGGGACAAUGACUGAAACAUUGUCUCAAUUUUUCACCUGGGCUGUGCGAGAUGUAAUCUUCUUCAGUGGUGAUGUACAGACAACUACCAUUGCCGUGGCAAUCACCAGCUCUCUUUGCUGCUCUAUUGUUGUGGCAGUGGUACAUGUUAUAGCAUUAAUCAGGCCACAGGGGGUAAAGAAAACUAAAUCAAGAAGACAUUUUCAAAGGUCAAGGUCAGAGAGCUCGCUUACUUCAAAGAAAUAUUCCCCUGUUUGGCUGUCAAGUGGAAAAGUUCAUGUGCCUUGUGUAAAAUGUGGUCAUUUCUAUGCGGAUGAUGGAUGUAGAUUUGUUACAUGUAAAUCCUGCUGUUUCUCUGUUUUGUUAUGUCAAGUACACCAGAAGAAAUCCAUAUCAAGUACGCCCUGUGAUGAUAAAAAUACAGAAAUGGAUCUAAGCUCUAUAGGCAUGCAGGCGUGCCCUGAGAGACUUGGAUUCAUUGGUCACCAGUUAACUUGCCUCAAUUUGUCAGACAAUAAGCUACAUGAGCUUCCGCCAGAGAUUGGAUGUCUGCGGGGACUGCAAGUGCUUUCAUUGCAACAUAAUCAACUGUCAAAAUUACCAGAAACUGUGGGAUCAUUGACAGAGCUUGCUUAUUUUGACCUCAGCCAUAAUCAGUUUACCUCAUUUCCAGAUUACAUACAAAGUUUGGUUCAGCUUAAAGAAUUACAUAUGUCUCACAAUGAAUUGUCUCAAUUGCCUUCAAAAAUCUCCUUUCUAGGCAAACUUCUAGUCCUUGAUAUCAGCCACAACAGUUUAGUCAGUUUGUGUGUUGAAUUAUUUUCUCUUUUCCAAUUAAAGGUGCUUAAUAUAGGAGGAAAUAAGCUGGAGAGUUUACCUAGUGAGAUAGGGAAGUUAAUCUGUCUGGACACCCUAGAUGCUAGAUCCUGUACCUUAUCAUAUCUACCUAGUGCCAUAGGAAACUGUUCUAAUCUUAAACUGCUCAGGCUUAAUGACAACAGAUUGAGUCUGUUACCAUCAGAGCUGGGUCAACUGGGCCAUCUAAAUAAAUUGGAGUUAGAUAAGAAUAGUCUUCAAUACCUGCCUUACACAUUAUCAUUCUUACAUGAUAAACUUAGCCUUUCAUUGAAUGAAAACCCAUUACUUUCACAAGAAGAAUUUCCAAAGUUCAAAUACAGUCCAUUGCCGGGACCAAAUUUGUUUCCAAGUCUUAAAGAGUUCACUGCAAGGGAGAUAAUUAAGAAAAACAUUCCAUCUACUAAAACAUUACCAGUUGUGCUUCAAGACAUGCUUCAGAAGUCAGGGUGCUGUUCUAGCUGUGGGGAACCAGUCUGUGAAUUUUAUUGCAGUGAAGUUAUUCCAGUGAAUUUUUUAUUUGGUGGAGACUGGGUCCCACUUUACAAGCAGAUGUGUUCACCGCACAGACCUCAAGGAUGUGGUUAAUGGACCAGUCUAUAGAAGAUUCAAAUAUUAUCUGUGAUUAAAAUUUGCUAACCAAUCUAUAGUUAAUUUUUUAGAAACAAAAUAUAGGGAUAAUCCAAUCAAAUUUACUAUAGAAAAUUUAUCAAUUUGAAUUUCUUAUAAAAAAAAAUUCAUAAUCAAAUAGUUUUUAGGUCAAGACUAAAGACAUUUUUCUCCUGCUUUGUGGUUCAAAAUUACUCAAAAUAUCUUAAUGGUGGUCUGUUGGUGUCAUAUUCUUUUAACAUGCUUUUCGUAUAGGGUAAAAUAAUGCACAGAUUUAUAAUUUUAUGUAUAAUUCAGGACUGGGUAACAUACAUUUGUUAAUUUAUAGAUUGCUAUAUGUGCUACUUUAUAUCUAUUGCAUGUAUUUAUUGCCUUUUAUUUAUCCAGAUGUGUUAUUAUGAUUUUAUUGAUUUACUUUAAUAGUCAGUUGGGCUAUUUCCAAUUAUUUUAUGAUCAUUCUGUUUUAGAUAUUAUAUGCUGAUAACUGUGAAGUGUCAUGCUCCUUACCUUGUGAAGAUAAGUCUAUUUUACUCUGCUGUUUAAUGCCCUUUUUAGCUCACCUGUCACAAAGUGACAGGGUGAGCUUUUGUGAUCGCUUUUCGUCCAGCGUCCGUCCGUCCGGCGUCCGGCCGUAAACUUUUACUUUAAAUGACAUCUCCUCAUAAACCACUGAGCCAAUUUCAUCCAAACUUCAUAGGAAUGUUCCUUUGGUGGUCACCUUUAAAAAUUGUUCAAAGAAUUUAAUUCCAUGCAGAACACUGGUUGCCAUGGCAACCGAAAGAAAAAACUUUAAAUAUCUUUUUAAAAAAACCAUUAGAGCUAGAGCUUAGAUAUUUGGCAUGAAACAUCUUCUAAUGAGUGUCUACCAAGUUUGUUCAAAUAAAAGCCCUGGGGUCAAAAUUGGCCCCGCCCCGGGGGGUCAUUGAUUUUCCCUAUAUGCUUAUAGUAAACACUUAAAAAAUUUUCUUUUAAAGAACCCAAAGAGCUAGAGCUAAGAUAUUUAGCAUGAACAUGUUCUAAUGGGUGUCUACCAAGUUUGUUCAAAUAAAAGCCCUGGGGUCAAAAUUGGCCCCGCCCCGGGGGGUCAUUGAUUUUCCCUAUAUGCAUAUAGUAAAAACUUAAAAAAUCUUCUUUUAAAUAACUCAAAGAGCUAU